AUGUCAAAAAAGUCAACUUUCCUAUUACUUCUAUUGGUGAUAGUUGGGAAAGUAGUAUCAAAUAACCUAGAUGAGAAACAUAAAUUAAUUUUAAAUUCCGGAACUCAACAAACUUACUUGAAAGAUGAAGAAUCACCAGUACCAAAACCAAAUAAUUCAAAAUGGCAAGAAAUAAUGGAAUUUUCAAAUUCAAAAAAAUUAAAAGAAGAUUUACCAAGUGAAAAAUAUUUUUUAGCAAAUGUUAAACAUUGUAAUUUACCUGAUGAAUUUACAAAUGAAGAAACAUGUUAUGAUAACACUGACAAACAAGAAGAUAUUUUAAAUAAUGAAAUUGAAAAGCAAAAUGAAAAUGAAGAUGAACAUAAACAUGAUACGGAAUAUGAUAAAACAAUUAAUUUUGAAGUUGCAAAUAUAAAAGAUGAUGAUACAACAAACAAUCCAACCGAUAAUUUACCUAGUGAAGAUACUGUUUCACCUAUAAAAAAUAAUAAUUCACCAUUUGAAGCUCAAGGUACAAGAAUUGAUAAAGAAAAAGAUACAGAGGGUUGGGAAUUAAAUGCAGGAGUAUUUGUAGAAAAAGCAAUAUCAAAAAAUUCAAAAUUAGAAAUAAGUUCAAGUGAUGAUGAUGAUGAUGGUAAAGAUUCAAGUAGUGAUGAAGAAUUUGAUUGGUGGGGUAAAAAAAAGGGAAUGAGAAGAAAUAAAUUUUUUAAAUUAAAUAUUGAUGAUCGAUUAAAUGGUUAUUUAAACUUUUCAUCAAAUUCUGGUGAUGUUAAUUAUCCAUUUAAUGAUUCUUUAAUUGUUGGAAAUCCAAAUUUUAUUAAUGGUGAUGUUAUUAUUAAUCAAAUUGAUUCCGAAAAUUUAAUUGAAAAAGAUUUUAAAAAUUUAAAAGAAAUAUCAUCUGAAAUUGAAGAAGCUGAAACUUCAAAAAAUGGUUGUGUUGGUAAGUAUAAUCAAGUUUUACUGAUUAUAUAUUUGUUUCUUGUCUCGUACUUGACGUUUCUAAGUUGA